UAUACGUCGGCCUUUCACAAGUGACUACGUCACCCUUCAAACAUUGACACGCCGCCAGUAACUGCAAUCGUUAAUGAAUUUGCCUUAAAAUUGUUUAUUUAUUUACAUAUUUAUAAAUUCGUGCAACAAAGUGGCGAAAAACUAAACGCGCCCCGUUUUUAGUUUGUUAGUUAAUUUUGCAAUGCGCUUGACGCUCUCAUUUCAUUGUCAUUAAUCCGUUUCCCAGGCAUUUGGACAAAUUGACCAAUAAACAGCAUUCAGCAAUACUGUCAAGAUAUCGGUCACAUCUUCAGCGUCAUGCAGUGUUACAUAUAUUUGUGCAUACAUACCUACAUAUUUAUAUGAAUAUAUGCUCUAAUAGCUGUCAAAGUGUGCUCGGACUUGUUUGUUGUUUGUGCCCAAUUUUUGCCUUGCCGUGAUAAAUUGUUUUAUUUUUAUUUUUUUAAGGUGCAGUUAGUUACGCGGAUUUAGUGUAAAAGGUUGCGCCGAUCACUCGAUUCAGGUGCGGAAAUUUUAGUGAUUCACGCUUGCACAAUUUCGUAUACAGUCGCGCGUAAGUGCGGUGUGUUUAUGUGAAGCUCCUUUUUAGUGUUUAUGCGUUGAAAUGCAAUAAUACGCAUCCAUAUUAGUGUUGUGCAAAAUUUUUAUAGUAAUCUGAAUAUUUUGCGGUGAUAGCAAAACUGCUUUAAAAUACUACUGUGAUUUUCCCCUCAUCUCCAUCUAUUUGUGCAUUCCGAAGGCAAAUUAAAAAAGUAAAUCCGCAAUAACCCAGAAACAAAAACAAAAAAAAAGAAGCUUUAAAAAUGCAGUCGCUGCGAUGCAGUUUGAGUAUUCUCCUUGCGCUUGGCAUUUGUCACUUGAGUCUGACGUUGCCUGCCGUCCGUGUCAAACGUCAACCCGAUGACCUGCUCUCACUCGAGGCGGAGAGUGCGGAUGCAUUAAACAGUGACUUGAAUCCCAUCAAUGCAGAGGCAGUUUCAGGUGAUGAGCUCGAGCGCAACAAAAGAAAAUUACCCGAUGCGACAUUCGAGGCAAAAAAUGCAGUGCUUGGAUUUGUUUUUGGUAAAAUCGACAACUUCCUCGACACGAAAACGCGCGUAAUUGAGCAAUUGGAUCGCGCCAAUAUCGAGAAGAACAGGCAAUGGGACAUUAGGCCACCAGUACCGAUUAGGGAUUUCCAAACUCUUGUCACCGCUGUGGUUUCGCCUAAGAUACGUAGUCUGGGCAAUAUUGCCAACGAUCUGACCACUGGCGUAUUGACCACCAUUACCGCUUUCAGCGGCUCUUCAGCUGGCAAUGGUAGCGCGAACCCAAAUGCUGGUCUGGGUAAUAUUGUUUCUAAGUUCCUGGGCUUCUCUGGACCUAUUCUGCAAGGCUCCGCCGCUGGUCCUGCUGGUGGUGGCACGACGCCAGCGCCAGAUUCCGAUGAACGCCGUGAAUUUUCGCAUCUGGCAAACAGUCGUCUCAUACGCCCGGCACGUGCCACUGAUAACUCCAAUAACAAAUAUGACGAUGUACCGGAGUUCGAUAGGAAGCAAGUGUCUUUGGAUUUUCCUGAUGAGCUUUUUAACAAAUCAUUUGCAACUUUAACGAAUAUCUCCAAAUCUUUCUCACGACUGAUUAUGAACUCUGCACGUCGUUACUCUCGUUUCGUUUUAUUCUUCAAACCUGUAUUUGGCGAUGCUCUAGUCGUCAAAGGUUGGGAAGAUCCAACGACGACAACAACUACACCGAAAACAACUACCACUAGAACUACAUCAAAUCCGCUCGAUACGUUAAAUGAAGUUUAAUUCUAAUUUUUAUUUUUUUAGAUUUCCAAUCAAAUUAAUAUUUAGCACCACGAAUUUAGUUUUAUGUUACUUAUUGUCACUACAUUCCCUCACAGUGUUUUUUCUAGCACAAGCAAUUAGCAGGGUAAAAUAAAAUAUAAAUAUGGCGCAUUAGUUCAUGAAUGCAGUUUUUUUUUAA